AUGUAUGCUAAUUUAUUAAGCUCAAAUCCUGAUAUUAAUAUGUUAUUGAAGUGGGGCAAAGUACUAAGAAAAAAAGUUGAGAAAGACUCAUCAGGUAUUUACGUUGAAUUAGCUUUGCACUAUAUUGAUUUGGCAUCAUCGGCACCAGAAUUAUCAUCAAUGAUCGCCUGUUGGCUUUUGUCAGCUUUGAGCUGGUAUCAUACAAUGGAAAAUAAUUGUACUAACGAUAUCAACUAUGUUUACGCUUGCAAAGAAAUGCUUAGUGAUUGUCUUAAUAUAGCAUACUACUUUAGUCGUUGUGCAUCACCCAGUUUACAAUUGUAUACAUAUCGUUUUAUUUUAACAUUAUUAAUGAAAUCAACUGAAUUUUUCUCACUAAAAUACAAAAUUAAGAAUAUUUAUUCACUUUCCGAUGUAUCAUUAGCUGGUGAAUGUAUUCGAAAUAUACUGUCAAUAAUAUCAUUACUACCGUUUUUAGCUUAUCCCAUUUGUCCUAUAUACGAUCAUGUCUAUAUAAUUAUGCUCACCGUACAAUUUACACAAUAUCUAAUUACUUGUCAUUAUGAAAAGUAUCUCGUAGAGAAUCAACAAAUAGCAAAAAAUUGUUUAAAUUUGAUAUUAAAUAAAAAUGGCUCCGCAACCGCCAACAAGUUGCCAUCAUUCACUCGAAAUGAAAAUCCAGCUCUGUUAACAGUUGAUGAAUUGUUGUACUAUAUGCUUGAAGGCAAUGCUUUCAGUUGGUUAGACUUACUACUUUCACUACCUGAGCAUACGCACGUUGAAGACCAGAACGAAACUGAUCCUGAAUACGUCGUACUUGAUAAUGACAACUCAGCUGCUAUGCAACCGUCGGCUAAGCCUCCCACAGCUGUUAGUGGUGGAAUUGGCUCAUUUUUUAAACGAAUAUUUCGUUUUUUGUGGCAAAAUAAUGAAUCAUCAUGGGAUCGUGCACGUAAACACGUAAUGAAUCAUUUAUUACAUACGAAACAAAUUCAUUAUGAACAAAUUACGGCUAGUCUAUAUUGGCCAAUGAUACCACGAACAAAAGAUGGAUGGUAUCUGUCAACAAAACACAAAUUGAUAUUGAAACAAAUUGAGGCUGAUAGUGAAAUAAAUACGUAUGCUACUGUUAAAGGCAUAAAAAUUAAUAUAUCAACAGUUAAUCCCUUACCACCACACAAUCUACGAUCAAUACAUGAUGGCUUACUAAAACGUUUGCCAGAUCAUUUACGAGAAAUUUUAAAACCGUUACACGAAUACAAGAUACGGAAUAAUGAUGAUGAUGAACAUAUAAUAACAUUCUAUUUCAAUGACGUUAGAACGAUAGUUAAAAAAUAUUUAUUAACGCGAAAUGCUCGUGGAGAAUUGAUUGAUGCUGAAGAGAGUGCUGAUGAAAGUGAUACAUCACCAGAGGCUAAAUUUGCCAGAAAGUUUACAAAACAUUAUGAUGAAAUUGGUUUAUAUUUUCCAGAACUUUUACGCUUAAAAGAAUUAUUAAAAUUAGCAACGGCUUAUCGACUAUUGAUAGGCAUUAUUAAAAAUAAAACAGAAAGCAUGACUAAGUCAGAUUUUGGUAAACAUAUAAAAUAG